CUCAAUGACUGUGCUUCGCGGCUGGAACAUGAGUUACAGCAUGGGAAAAGAAUUGACGGAGCUAAGAUCCAUGACUGCCCCGACCUUCACGUUGGAAGGGCAUGCAGGACUGAAGGCGAAAUGAAGACAGCCGUGGGUUUAAAGUUUAGCGAGAUGACAGCGAGAUGACAAUCAUGUGGAAGUUUGAAAGAAACAAAACUAAACAUCGUUGUGAAUUAGAGACUCGUUGAGGUGCUACAGGGAGCGAACUGACAGACAAUACUGUUAUCAUGGCAUUGCUGACGGAUGUGUUAGCAUAGUUCCAGCUUACAGGCAGAGAGAGCCAAGCUUGAACACACGGCAGGACGACACAGCAUCUAUGAGCAUGUGCUAGGCUGAGGCUGAGCGAUAAAUAAGCAGCUGCUUUCAGACUACAUCGGAACUUAUCAGACUCUCUGCCACCAUGGAGGAGGGAACAGAAGAUCUUCGGAAGGAGCUGUUGGCAGCAGGAGCAGUGUCGUUCGAGGAUGAAGCAGAUGAGGGAAUAAGCUUGCAGGACAUCCUGACGUUGAAGGAAAGAUUCGAUAGCGCAGACAUCGAUGGCGGAGGGAGUCUCGACAUGCAGGAGUUCAUGGACGCGUUCGGCUCGAUCCUGAACAAGGAUGGCUCCUUGACAAGAGAACAGAUAAGGCGGUUGUUCAUGCAGAUCGAUGCGAACUCGGACGGAGUGGUGGACUGGAACGAGUUCAGCACGUACAUGCUGAUGGAGAGUCAAAUGAGCGGGUCGCUCGUCUCAGAGAAGAUCUCCAAGUUCUUCAUCUCCGACACCUCCGGCCUCAAGCAGGACGACGAGAACUCCCACAACGAGCAUGUUGACUGCCUCGUCAUCGAGCCCUCGGGUCCCUCCUACAUCACCAGCUCCAAGGACGGCACCAUCAGAAUCUGGUCGCAGGCGUCUCUGACGCUGCAGAAGACCAUCUCGCUAGGCAAGACGUGGGUGCUCGCGCUGUGCCUGCUGCGACAUGCCGCGAAGCUGGUGCUGAGCACCGACGACCGGAAGAUCAAAGUCUUCGAUGUGCACACGUGGGAACAGUCCGUGGAGGUGGAGCUGUCAGGGCAAGCAUACUGCCUGUGCUCAUGGCGGAAAGACGACACGGAGUACAUCGCGUACGGCAACGAGGUCGGGGACGUGACUGUGGUGGACUACGAGAAGGGGGUGCGAGACUUCCGGAACGAUCACUCGAUGAGGAAGGGCAAGAGGAGAGCGAGCAACUGGGCAGUGUCGUGGACCCGCAACAUCCACAGCGGGUGGAUCAACCAGAUCUCGAUGAUCGAGGACCUUGGGGGGCUGGUGACGUGCAGCACCGACGGCGCCAUCAACAUCUUCGAAUUUCCCUUCCAGAACGACCCGGUCAAGAAGGACAAGGUCCUGAUGAAGCGCGUCCUCACCCCGCAGUACAAGGUGAACCAGAAGCCCAUCAAGUGCUUCGUCUGGGUGGAGUCUCUAAAGCUGAUCGUCAGUGGGGGAAUGGAGCGAGAGCUGACAGUCUGGAACCCUUACACGUCGAAGCCGGUCACGAAGCUCGAGGGCCACAUGUCAGGAAUCAUCAUGCUGCAAGUGAACUCCGACUACGACCAGGUGAUAUCUCUGUCCAAGGACAAAGUGGUCAAAGUCUGGGACCUUCGGAACGGGGAAGGGCUCCAGACUCUCUCUCACUUCAAGAAUCCUGCGCUGAGGCCGACGGCCAUCCUGUUCGACCAGGCGCGCGGUCGGCUGAUCACCUGGGGCUGCAGGCAUCACAUAUGGAAGAUCAAUCCGCAGAUCACGAACCCGGUCAACGACGAGACCCACAACACUCCCGUCGUCGCCGUCCUCUACAACCGCAUCUUCGGGAGUGUCGUGACCGUUGCCGAGGACUCGGAGACGAUCGUGUGGAGGCCGCUGACGGGGCAGCAGAUCUCCUCCUUCCAUGACCCCGACCGGACGCCCGAGACGUUCGUGUCUUGUGCCUCCUUCGACGAGGCUGGGAGGAGGCUGAUGACUGGCGAUCACGAGGGCAGGGUCCAGGUGUGGAACUUCAGCAACGGCGCCUGCAUCAAGACGCUGCUGAAGCCCGUGGACAAGCACAGCAGGCAGGAGGUCACGGCCGUCACCUCCUACAGCUUCGAGGAGAAGCGCUACAUCGCGGCCGCGAGCUGGGACAGGAAGGUGACGAUCUGGCUGGACAAGUCGGAGGACGCCGGGUCAGUGUACCCACUGAUCCAGAUGUUGGGGAACGAGAGCGACAUCCUGUCCAUCGCCUUCUCCUACCCCAAGACGCUGGCGACAGGAGCGUCGGACGGGAGCAUCGCCAUCUUCGACAUAGAGAGCGGGAUCAAGCGCAUCGCCAUGCAGUCGCAGAAGAUCCAUGGGUUCACUCCCCGGGAAUCGAUGAACGCCAAGGAGCUCGCAAACACGCUCUACGUAGAGAAGAUACUCUUCCUGGAGGAGAAGAACAAGACCAUCCUCACCUCAGGGGCCGACGGUCACCUCCGCUUCUGGGAGGGAACUUGGAUGACCAUCUUGCCUGAAUCUGCCAGCACGACGGGAACGAACAAGGUCGUGCUGCUGAUGCCCGCAGAGCACUGGCCGGAGUACGGGCUGGUGGACCACCAGGUGGACGAGGACAACAACAUCCUGCUGACUGCGGACGAGGGAGGGUUCGUCAAGGUCUGGGACAUCUCCGAAUACCAGUGGAACAUGCCGGACCGGUCCCAGGUGAAGGCCUGCUACUUCUGGCGAGCCCACCAGAUCAGCAUCUCUGCGGUGGACGUCAUCGUGCCAGAGCAGGACCCCGGAAACGAGCUGAAUCCGCUCGUCCUCACCGCGUCCAAGGACAAGAGCGUGCUGCUGUGGACAAUCGACGGGAUCAAGAUCGGGGAGUUCGGCAAGGUGACAUGGAGGCUGGGGAGGCGAACCAUGACGGCGGAUGCCUGGAACCUGUUUGACACCAGCACCUGGUUGACUGACAAGUCCAUCAACAUCCUCGGGAUGGACUAUGACUACGAGAUCCGGAAGAGCAAGCCCGCCGCUCCUGUCCGCGCCAUCAUCUCCAACCUGACUGAGAUCCCCCCAGAGACUCUCUACCGGGCGAGGAAGGGAAAGGAUGUGGACUUCGAGACCGACUGGCUGACGGGGGAGAGGGUGUACAAGAACAUCAGGAAGAACACGUUGCCGGAGGAGAAGCGGCGGACCCCCGUCCUGCCCUACGUACGGCAGUUCUCCAGGAAGCUUGACCCUGACAACAUCGUGCCCUGA